AUGGCGGACCAGGUCCUUGACCAGUUGCGAGACGUCGUUGACGGCCAAAUUGACUUUGAAGGUCAGAAGAUCGCCGAGCUCCUUGCUACGGUUCUUCUCGUCAUUUCAGGUCUUCUCUCCUUCGUUGUCGGUUACGUCCUCCAGGAUAUCAAGCUCGCCGUCUACAUAGGGCUGGGCGGCACUGCCCUGACCUUCCUCCUCGCAGUUCCCCCGUGGCCAUUCUACAAGAAACACCCAGUCAAGUGGUUGCCGGCGGGUUAUGCAUACGAUCUUGCGAGCAAGGGAAAUCAAUAA